GUCUGUCAGACUACACAAACGGUGUCUUUAGGAUAUAUCCCAAUGAUCUGCAGCUGCCUAUAUGAGCGCACUCUUCUUAUGAGUAAAAAUCGCCUAUUGCACACUAUUACUAAACACUACGUGCUUAAAUUGAGACACAACCACUAACCUUAUCCUGUAGCGACCAUAUGGGACGCUAUGCCGCUCCCAGAGGUAAGUUGCCACGGCGACGCGGGCACGAGGAGGCAAUGCGCGCUAAGGUACCCGGGAAAAUCUCACAUCUCACGUCACGCUGUCCAACAAAGUAAUGGUUUGGGUUUGGGACAAAGUCAGAGGUUCGAGUGUGCAACAGUGCAGCGGGGAGAAGCAAGCCGGACUGCUGUCAGAGUGAACAUGUUCACUUUAAGUGAUUCUGGUUUUGAAGAAGACCUUCACAGUCCUUCUCCAUCUCCUCGGCACUCCACAUGGCACUGGUCAGGAUCCAUCUGCUACAGACUGACAGCUGACUGCCUUCACAACGACUACGACGAGAGCUGCUUCAGAAUACAGAGGAACAAUGAAGAGGACUUUCUUGCUCUGGACUGUUUGGCUCAUCAGCCACAGAUAACUGCUGAGGCACGUUGUAAACUGGUGAGCUGGCUCCUAUCCGUUUACAAACACUUCAAGCUUUCUUUCGAGUCCUGUUGCUUGGCCGUGAACAUCAUGGACCGCUUUUUGGUCACAACGUCGGUGGCAGCAGAUUGUUUCCAAUUACUCGGCGUGACGUCUUUAUUGAUCGCGACCAAACAUGUUGAAGUCUUCUCUCCACGCAUUAAACAGCUGCUGUCACUCUGCUGCGACGCUUUCUCCAGAGAGCAGCUCUGCAAUCUCGAGUGCCUCAUUCUCCUCCGACUCAACUUCCGCUUGGCUGCACCGACUCUCGCUUUCUUUCUCGACUACUUCAUCAGCCGCGAGUUAUCUAGACACACGACUGGAGCAGAGGAAAAUAUUCUCAAUGAAGGAAACAAGCAGCGAAGCUGGAAAGCCACUGAAGAGAAGCUCUUCAGCGUGAAGAGGUACAAAUGUUUAGCGGGUAAAGUGUGUGAGCUGAGUCUGGCAGACUAUGCUUUCAACAAGUACCAACCGUCUGUGAUCGUACAAAGUGCUCUAAACCUGGCAAAGGACCUGUUAAAGAGACAGCCUUCAGUCAAGCACAUCAUCUGUUCAGAGAUGUUAGACUUUCUCUGUGCUGAAGAUGACAAAUCCCAGGGUUCGGACCAUCGUGCUCUAAUCCAGCAGUGCACACAAGAGCUACAGUUAUUAGUGUCUCUCAAUCAAGAGUCAAUUCAGGACCUAAUAACACUUUGAACCAGCACUGUGAUGUCAUCUCCCGAACAUUUAUAUUUACUUUGGUUUAAAUAUGAAGGAUGAUUUAUGUCAUUAUAUUUUCUGUUGAAACAUUGAUUUAUAUAUAUAUAUAUAUACAUAUAUAUAUAUAUAUAUAUGAUAUUUUUAUUUGAUAGUAUUAUUCACAUACACCUUGACUGUCUGCAGGUUAGACUGUGCAGAUUUUACUGUCUAAUCUCUGUUACAAAAAAGCAGUUUCUGAAUAAUAAACAGUGUACAAUAGAUACUGCAAAAAUUAUACAGGCCACGUUCAUGUUUUCAGCUUCACUAAAGAUGAGCGUGUAUAGCAAACAAAUGCAUUCAGCU